AUGGCUCAUGUUAAAGAAAAGGUGACGGGAUAUUGGCUUAAACAUAAUCGUGCUUACGAUGAAAUAGUUGUCAAAAUUAAUCCUGUCUCUCAAGGGGUUAUGCCUGCACAUAAUGAUAGAAGCAUGACACUGCUGCGUUUCAGAUAG